AUGAAGGAUCUAAUUUUGGACUUUACUUCUAAAGGAAACAUCUGUAAUACUAAUACAUCUCUUAGUGAGUUAUGGAAAUCUCUAGACAAUUUAAUUACAUAUAAUCCUGAGCUGUAUAUUUCAUUAGUCAAACAACAAUUUAGUGAUAAAUUUACUGAAAAAGUUGUAAUGGUUAAUUCAGCUUUUGCUACUGAAUCUGGUAUAUAUUAUAGCGAAAUAUCUACACAGGGAAGAUAUACAAAUUUUAAGUCAAGAAAAUUAGGAAAGGUUAUAAUUAGUGUUGGUUAUACAGACGAUAUGUUAUUACCUCAAGUACAAGAAAAAUCUGGAAAUUAUAGGGAUAUAUUAAAUGUGGAAGAAUUAAAUAUAGCUCAACUAACAACAAGUUUUGCUGAUUUACCAAACAAUGUAAAUACAAAUACACUACAUGUAGAGGUGGUCCUUCAUACAAUGGUUAUAGAAAGAGCAGUAGAAGAUGAGUUAUUUAAAAGAUAUAUGAUUUCAAUUAUUCACGAUAGAUUACUUAUAAAGUUACGAAAUCAAGAUGAUAAGAAAGGUUAUUUAUAUUACAUACUUAUUCAAGGGAAAAAUCAAGGUUAUAUACCUAAGAGUGGAAGAAUAGAAGACCUAUGUUUUUAUUAUGAUGAGAUUAAAGUAUCAAAUAUAAAAGAUGAAAGAUCGUGGGACCAUCUAUUAAGCUUCACUUGCUACAAGAACUUUACUGUAGAAUCUGAUACAGCAUCUAGUGAAGAAAUUGAAUCAAUUAAAAAUCUAAUUAUUAGUAAAUCAGUAGAGAAUACAGAAAGGUUAGCCACUAAAAGAUUUGUAUAUAAAUCGACAGAAUUAUCUACUGUUAAUUCUUCCUUAAAUAAAAAACUAGUUGAGGAAAUAGAUGUUCCUAAUGAGGCUGGGAAGUUACCACAUGUAUGGACAGUAAUAUCAGAUAAAAAUGGUGCAAAUGUCUCCAGUUGCUAUGAACCAAUAUACUGUAAAGCUUCAUUUAGGGAAAACAAUAUUUCAGCUUACCUUAGUAAGCAUCAUAAUAAUGAUCAACCUAUAGUUGAAAUAAUGCUCAAAAGCUCAGAAAUUCUGGUACAAAAUCUUGAUAAAAUGUCUGCUCAAGUUAGUAGUCAAAUUUUACGAUUAUCAUAUGACUCAAAUCUUAUAUGCAGUAUUCAGCUUAAUCAGCUUAUAUCUAGUUUUCAUGUUUGUCCAAUAUGUAAACCUUCCUUCAUUAUUGAUAGUUGCAUCGUAUUUUGUAAUAGUAAACAUAUCUGGAUUGCUUUACCUAUAUAUAACACUUGUUCAAAACUUGUAUUAUUAUAA